AUGAAGAUUAUCAUACUAUUAACUUAUUUUAUACUUGCUGUAUAUUCACAUACAAUUGUUACAGUAGUACCUACGCCCAAGCCUACACCUGUUGCUACAUGCAAAUCCAACAGUGCUUCUUGUCCAGUGGUUAUUGGAGCAAGAGCAAAAUCUCUUGGAUAUCCGCCUUUAAGCAUGGCACAAUUUAAUUCAGUCAAAUGGAUUUACGAUAAUGUCUAUCAAGUCGAGGUUGAAUUUAUGAUGGGAAACUCCAUCACAAAAGCUGCAUUAUCGUCUCUUUAUCUCAAAGGAUUACAGAGUCCAGGUGAUUAUCUCGGCGGCAAAAUAGAAUUAUUUAACAAAACUAAAAAGGUUGACAAGGUAGGGUCAGCUGAACAACAUUUUUCUGUCACCUGGUUAAUGCUUGCUGAAGAAACGGGAAGAUUCGACAGCUCUACCCCUUUCACAUUAGAAUAUGUCUGGUGUCAAAAGGAUGAUAAUAGUUGGAUCGAUCAGUAUUGCAAAACUACCACAAAAUCAUUUUAUGCUCAAUACCUAAUUGAUUGUCCAGUUGACGGCUUAACAGAUGCUCCUAACGUCUAUUGGGAUCCCCAAUGCAAUGCCCCAAGACCAGAACCAGAAACAACAACCGAAGUACCUGAACCAGAUCCAACUACUGAGGAUCCAGUGCCAACAACUGAGGAACCUGAAACAACUACCGAGGAUCCUAAAUUUACUACCGAGGAUCCUGAAACAAGUACUGAAGAUCCAGUUCCAACAACUGAAGAUCCAGUUCCAACUACUGAAGAUCCAGAACCUACAACUGAGGAACCUGAACCUACUACUGAAGAUCCAGAACCUACAACUGAGGAACCUGAACCUACUACUGAAGAUCCAGAAUCGACUACUGAAGAUCCAGAAUCGACUACUGAAGAUCCAGUACCUACAACUGAAGACCCAGUACCAACUACUGAAGAUCCAGUACCUACAACUGAAGAUCCUGAACCUACAACUGAGGAUCCAGUACCAACUACUGAAGACCCAGUACCAACUACUGAAGAUCCAGUACCUACAACUGAAGAUCCUGAACCAACAACCGAGGAUCCAGUACCAACCACUCAAGAUCCAGUUCCAACUACUGAAGAUCCAGUACCUACAACUGAAGAUCCUGAACCAACAACCGAGGAUCCAGUACCAACCACUCAAGAUCCAGUACCUACCACUCAAGAUCCAGUACCAACUACUGAAGACCCUGAUCCAAAGCCAACAAGUCAAGAUCCAGAAUCACCAGUUACUAAACAAUCAACUGAAAAUACUAUCUUCACAGAAACUGACAAAGGAUCCACUUCAGAAAUCACUUCAACCGUUGUUGUUACCACAUUAGUUGAAUCAUAUAUACCUGAAACUUCAUACAUUAGUUCUCUGGCUAAUGAUCCUACUUUAGAAUCAGAACUUCCACAUGAGUAUGAACAAAUAGAGGAAGAUCCAUAUAAUUCACAAGUGCCACCAAUUGAAUCAGAAUCAAUUGCAGCACAACCAACUUCUCCAUUACCAUCAGAAGAAGAUUAUUUGCAAGGAUCAGCACACUUUGUUUCAGCAAAUAAUUUUGCUUUAUUAACGGGACUUUUAAUCAACUAUUUCAUGAUUUAA